AUUAAAGAUCGGCUACGCAGACUUGAAUUAGACUAUGUACAAAAUAGUAUUGUAUUUUACAUAAUAUAAUUAGACAGAAUGAAAAAAGAAAAAGAAAAAAAGAACUUCGGCUAUAUACAGAGCUCCAACUCCUUUCGGCCCGUAAAUUUUAUACCCCCUCAACGACAUCAAACUCACAUUCAUCUUCUCCGCAUCAAUCGGAAUCUUCCCCAAAGCCUGUGCCGCAUCAGUGUGAAAUUGUAAUCUUCAACUUCUAUCUCAUUAUUCAGUAUCACGAUCGAGACCAGCCCCGUAUCGGGGCGAAUCGCUGACCGGAAUUGAUCGAGGUCGAUUAUUCCGUCGGGGACGGACGGGGACCCCUGAUUCGCAGCCGUUCCGAGCUCGCCCCCUGUUUUCCGAGACCAUUGUUCGCGUGGGUUCUUCCCUCUUCUCCGAGGCCAUCGUCGCCGGUGAUUCGCCAUCAUCGCCCCCUGUUUUCCGAGCUCGCCCUUGUUUUGUGUGUGUGUGUGUGUAUAUAUAGAUAGAUCUAUACGCGUGUGUAUAUUUGAUGGGUGGAGUUGAGGGGUGAAUUGGAUGAUGGCUGAGGAGUAAGUGAAAUUUAAAACCAAGGGGGCGUGGGUGUAAUUUACCCGAUUAUUCUAUUCUGUAUACCCAAGCAAAUGACCCAGGAGAAAAAUAAGGUCAUUUUGGUCAUUCGAGUCCUUUAAACGAUUCAAGACAAGCGUAAAACGAUUCUUCGCUUCAUCACCACUGUUUCUCUCCUCUCUCCUCUAUAAGGAAGCUCUACCAACAGCCAACCGAAACCAGAGUUCAGAAGCUAAACUUGAGUAGAGAGAGAUAUAUACGAGUGACGGAGAUCUAGAGAGAGAAGCUAAGAGAGUGAGAGAUAGAUCUAGAAAUAGAAAUUAUAGAGAGAAUGAGAGAACCGGCGGCAACUCAAUUGGUUGACAGUAACGCAUCGUCACCUCCACAAGCCCUGCUCGAGAGGCUUAAGGAUUACGGCCAAGAAGACGCUUUUGCCCUAUGGGACGAGGUAUCUCCCGAAGAACGUGAGCUGCUUGUCAAGGACAUCGAGAACAUAGAUCUUCCGAGGAUAGAUCGGAUCAUUCGAUGUUCAUUUCAAUCUCAAGGGCUUCCGGCAGCGGCAAUUGAGCCGGUGCCAGAAAGUAGUGUGUCAACUGUUGAGGAGCGAACGCUUGAAGAUAGAGAGAAAUGGUGGAAGAUGGGCUUGAAGGCUAUCUCUGAAGGGAAGUUGGCUGUGUUGCUUCUUUCUGGUGGCCAGGGAACUCGGCUUGGAAGUUCAGAUCCUAAGGGGUGUUUUAAUAUUGGCCUUCCAUCCCGGAAGUCGUUGUUUCAACUUCAAGCUGAGCGAAUUUUGUGUGUUCAAAAAUUAGCAGCUCAGUCUGUAAAUGAUGGUUCAGCUGGUUUGGUGCCGAUACAUUGGUACAUAAUGACUAGCCCAUUUACUGAUGAUGCCACACACAAGUUUUUUGAAAGUCAUAAAUAUUUUGGCCUUGAAGCUGAUCAAGUCACCUUCUUUCAGCAGAGCACCAUACCUUGUGUUUCAAAAGAUGGUAGAUUUGUCAUGGAGACUCCAUACAAAGUAGCAAAGGCUCCGGAUGGAAAUGGAGGAGUUUAUUCAGCUUUGAAAUAUUCAAGAUUAUUGGAAGAUAUGGCCACGAGAGGGGUUAGAUAUUUGGAUUGCUAUGGAGUAGACAAUGCACUGCAGGUCCGUGUUGCUGAUCCAACUUUCUUGGGUUAUUUCAUCGACAAAGGGGUAGCUGCUGGUGCGAAAGUCGUUCGUAAGGCAUAUCCGCAAGAAAAGGUUGGUGUGUUUGUACGGCGAGGUAAAGGUGGACCUCUUUCUGUUGUUGAAUACAAUGAGUUGGACCCGUCACUGGCUAGUGAAAUAAAUCAGGGAACUGGACGUCUUCGCUUUUGUUGGAGUAAUGUCUGCUUGCAUAUGUUUACUUUGGAUUUUCUGAACCAAGUGGCAAAUGGCCUUGAGAAAGACAGCAUUUACCAUCUUGCGGAGAAGAAAAUCCCUUCAAUACAUGGACAUACAAUGGGUUACAAAUUAGAGCAGUUUAUAUUUGAUGCAUUUCCAUAUGCACCUUCCACAGCUCUUUUCGAGGUGUUGCGUGAAGAAGAAUUUGCACCAGUAAAAAAUGCCAAUGGAUCAAAUUUUGACACUCCAGAUAGUGCCCGACUGCUUGUUCUCCGUCUCCACACUCGUUGGGUGGUUGCUGCUGGUGGCUUCUUAACGCAUUCGGUGCCCCUAUAUGCAACGGGUGUGGAGGUUUCACCACUUUGUUCUUAUGCUGGAGAAAACCUAGAAGCUAUUUGCCGUGGAAGAACAUUUCAUGCACCUUGUGAAAUCUCAUUUUAGUUUAAGUUUUGUCUAGCGAUGUUGAUUUGAGAGGGUAUGUUGUAUCUUAAUUUUGUAAGAAUAAGGCCUGUAAAUCUUAUACAGGUGUUUUUAUUUUUUAUUUUUAUAUGUGUAUGAAGUGCUAUUGUGUGAAUUAAAUGUUUCGGCGUCGGCUUAUUUUGAGUAUGAAAGGAUUGAUAUGAUUUUGAUUUA